UAAACAAUUAGUGAAUUGAGUUGUGUUUGCAUUGAUUGACUGCAAUGUCCGUCACAUUUGAGCGCCGAUUGUCUCCAAUGGACACCAUUUCAGGCACUCAUAUGUCCUCCAAAGGCAUGCAAACCAUGACAUCCACUGGCAUACCAUCCAUGGAUCAGCUGUUGGGCGGAGGGUUUGCCAUGAAUUCCAUCACUGUAUUAGAAGAGGACGGUUUGUGUGCAUUCGCGCCACUCUUCGCCAAAUGCUUUGUCUCGCAAUCCAUUCAAUGCAAACAUAAGACCAUUAUUUGCUCGCAAACUAUAUCAUCGAUUAGAUCCAGAUUUCUUAGAGAACUACCGGUGCUGUCGACACAACCAUCGAAACAAAGUGCCAUCGGUUCUGACGACCUGAAGAUCGCCUGGAGAUAUAAGGGACAGGCGGUUGGGGACAACCCUUACAGCACUUCCGCUCAACACUUUGAUUUGAGUUCACAUAUCAGUGCAGAGACACUGAGUUCAGCGGAUAUAGUGUUUUGUACACACAAUACAUGUCUUGAUGCGAUCAGGUCUUUGGGAUCAAAUGGGGGCCAAACUGUGGUCAGAAUAUUCAUCGACGGCUUGGGCUCUGCUUUGAGUCCCAUUAGUGUCGAGUCUUUGCCUAAAUUUGUUUAUGACUUGAAAUCAUUGUACUUCUGUCGAGGAAUGCAUGCGUGA